AUGAGUGAGCCGAGCUCCGGUGUUGGAACCACCAAGGUGGAGCAGCGGCCGGCAGAUGAGACGAGCUCCGGUGUAGAAGAGGCGAGUGUGGAGGGUACAGCGUUAGGCGAGACGAUUUCCGCUGUCGAUUCCGCGGACGCGGAGCAAGAGCCGGCAGAUGAGUCGAGCUCCGGUGUUGAAGAAUCUCGUCUCGAGGGUUCACCAGUGGGUGAGGCGAUCUCCGGUGUUGAAACCACCAAGGUGGAGCAAAGGCCGGCAGAUGAGACGAGUUCCGGUGUAGAAGAGGCGAGUGUGGAGGGUACAGCGUUGGGCGAGACGAUUUCCGCUGUCGAUUCCACCAACGCGGAGCAAGGGCCGGCAGAUGAGUCGAGCUCCGGUGUUGAAGAAUCUCGUCUCGAGGGUUCACCAGUGGGUGAGGCGAUCUCCGGUGUUGAAACCACCAAGGUGGAGCAAAGGCCGGCAGAUGAGACGAGCUCCGGUGUAGAAGAGGCGAGUGUGGAGGGUACAGCGUUAGGCGAGACGAUUUCCGCUGUUGAUUCCGCCAACGCGGAGCAAGGGCCGGCAGAUGAGACGAGCUCCGGUGUUGAAGAAUCUCGUCUCGAGGGUUCACCAAUGGGUGAGGCGAUCUCCGGUGUUGAAACCACCAAGGUGGAGCAGCGGCCGGCAGAUGAGACGAGCUCCGGUGUAGAAGAGGCGAGUGUGGAGGGUACAGCGUUAGGCGAGACGAUUUCCGCUGUCGAUUCCGCGGACGCGGAGCAAGAGCCGGCAGAUGAGUCGAGCUCCGGUGUUGAAGAAUCUCGUCUCGAGGGUUCACCAGUGGGUGAGGCGAUCUCCGGUGUUGAAACCACCAAGGUGGAGCAAAGGCCGGCAGAUGAGACGAGUUCCGGUGUAGAAGAGGCGAGUGUGGAGGGUACAGCGUUGGGCGAGACGAUUUCCGCUGUCGAUUCCACCAACGCGGAGCAACGGCCGGCAGAUGAGUCGAGCUCCGGUGUUGAAGAAUCUCGUCUCGAGGGUUCACCAGUGGGUGAGGCGAUCUCCGGUGUUGAAACCACCAAGGUGGAGCAAAGGCCGGCAGCUGAGACGAGCUCCGGUGUAGAAGAGGCGAGUGUGGAGGGUACAGCGUUAGGCGAGACGAUUUCCGCUGUUGAUUCCGCGGACGCGGAACAAGGGCCGGCAGGAGAGACGAGCUCCGGUGUUGAAGAAUCUCGUCUCGAGGGUUCACCAAUGGGUGAGGCCAUCUCCGGUGUUGAAACCACCAAGGUGGAGCAGCGGGCGGCAGAUGAGACGAGUUCCGGUGUAGAAGAGGCGAGUGUGGAGGGUACAGCGUUGGGCGAGACGAUUUCCGCUGUUGAUUCCACCAACGCGGAGCAAGAGCCGACAGGUGAGACGAGCUCCGGUGUUGAAGAAUCUCGUCUCGAGGGUUCACCAAUGAGUGAGCCGAGCUCCGGUGUUGGAACCACCAAGGUGGAGCAGCGGCCGGCAGAUGAGACGAGUUCCGGUGUAGAAGAGGCGAGUGUCGAGGGUACAGCGUUGGGCGAGGCGAUCUCCGGUGUUGAAACCACCAAGGUGGAGCAGCGGCCGGCAGAUGAGACGAGCUCCGGUGUAGAAGAGGCGAGUGUGGAGGGUACAGCGUUAGGCGAGACGAUUUCCGCUGUUGAUUCCGCGGACGCGGAGCAAGAGCCGACAGGUGAGACGAGCUCCGGUGUUGAAAAAUCUCGUCUCGAGGGUUCACCAAUGAGUGAGCCGAGCUCCGGUGUUGGAACCACCAAGGUGGAGCAGCGGCCGGCAGAUGAGACGAGUUCCGGUGUAGAAGAGGCGAGUGUCGAGGGUACAGCGUUGGGCGAGGCGAUCUCCGGUGUUGAAACCACCAAGGUGGAGCAGCGGCCGGCAGAUGAGACGAGCUCCGGUGUAGAAGAGGCGAGUGUGGAGGGUACAGCGUUAGGCGAGACGAUUUCCGCUGUUGAUUCCGCGGACGCGGAGCAAGGGCCGGCAGAUGAUUCGAGCUCCGGUGUUGAAGAAUCUCGUCUCGAGGGUUCGCCAAUGGGUGAGGCGAUCUCCGGUGUUGAAACCACCAAGGUGGAGCAAAGGCCGGCAGAUGAGACGAGCUCCGGUGUAGAAGAGGCGAGUGUGGAGGGUACAGCGUUGGGCGAGACGAUUUCCGCUGUUGAUUCCGCGGACGCGGAGCAAGGGCCGACAGGAGAGACGAGCUCCGGUGUUGAAGAAUCUCGUCUCGAGGGUUCACCAAUGGGUGAGGCGAUCUCCGGUGUUGAAACCACCAAGGUGGAGCAAAGGCCGGCAGAUGAGACGAGUUCCGGUGUAGAAGAGGCGAGUGUGGAGGGCACAGCGUUAGGUGAGACGAUUUCCGUUGUUGAUUCCACCAACGCGGAGCAACGGCCGACAGGAGAGACGAGCUCCGGUGUUGAAGAAUCUCGUCUCGAGGGUUCACCAAUGGGUGAGGCGAUCUCCGGUGUUGAAACCACCAAGGUGGAGCAGCGGCCGGCAGAUGAGACGAGCUCCGGUGUAGAAGAGGCGAGUGUGGAGGGUACAGCGUUGGGCGAGACGAUUUCCGCUGUUGAUUCCGCGGACGCGGAGCAAGGGCCGACAGGUGAGACGAGCUCCGGUGUUGAAGAAUCUCGUGUCGAGAGUUCACCAAUGAGUGAGCCGAGCUCCGGUGUUGAAACCACCAAGGUGGAGCAAAGGCCGGCAGAUGAGACGAGUUCCGGUGUAGAAGAGGCGAGUGUGGAGGGUACAGCGUUGGGCGAGACGAUUUCCGCUGUUGAUUCCGCGGACGCGGAACAAGGGCCGGCAGGAGAGACGAGCUCCGGUGUUGAAAAAUCUCGUCUCGAGGGUUCACCAAUGGGUGAGGCGAUCUCCGGUGUUGAAACCACCAAGGUGGAGCAGCGGCCGGCAGAUGAGACGAGUUCCGGUGUAGAAGAGGCGAGUGUGGAGGGUACAGCGUUGGGCGAGACGAUUUCCGCUGUUGAUUCCACCAACGCGGAGCAAGGGCCGACAGGAGAGACGAGCUCCGGUGUUGAAGAAUCUCGUCUCGAGGGUUCACCAGUGGGUGAGGCGAUCUCCGGUGUUGAAACCACCAAGGUGGAGCAAAGGCCGGCAGAUGAGACGAGCUCCGGUGUAGAAGAGGCGAGUGUGGAGGGUACAGCGUUGGGCGAGACGAUUUCCGCUGUUGAUUCCGCGGACGCGGAGCAAGGGCCGGCAGAUGAGACGAGCUCCGGUGUAGACGAGGCGAGUGUGGAGGGCACAGCGUUAGGUGAGACGAUUUCCGUUGUUGAUUCCACCAACGCGGAGCAACGGCCGACAGGAGAGACGAGCUCCGGUGUUGAAGAAUCUCGUCUCGAGGGUUCACCAGUGGGUGAGGCGAUCUCCGGUGUUGAAACCACCAAGGUGGAGCAAAGGCCGGCAGAUGAGACGAGCUCCGGUGUAGAAGAGGCGAGUGUGGAGGGUACAGCGUUGGGCGAGACGAUUUCCGCUGUUGAUUCCGCGGACCCGGAGCAAGGGCCGACAGGUGAGACGAGCUCCGGUGUUGAAGAAUCUCGUCUCGAGGGUUCACCAGUGGGUGAGGCGAUCUCCGGUGUUGAAACCACCAAGGUGGAGCAAAGGCCGGCAGAUGAGACGAGUUCCGGUGUAGAAGAGGCGAGUGUGGAGGGUACAGCGUUGGGCGAGACGAUUUCCGCUGUUGAUUCCGCGGACGCGGAGCAAGGGCCGACAGGUGAGACGAGCUCCGGUGUUGAAGAAUCUCGUCUCGAGGGUUCACCAGUGGGUGAGGCGAUCUCCGGUGUUGAAACCACCAAGGUGGAGCAGCGGCCGGCAGAUGAGACGAGCUCCGUUGUAGCAAACGCUAAUGGCGAAGGGGUACCAGUGGCUGGGACGACUAGGGAUUCGCUUGACGCUCGUUAA